AUCGAUCGAUCGAUGGCGCUCCGGCGGCUCUUAUCAAGCGUUUCGCUCUCCCUCUCUCGGAGACUCUCACUUCUGUGCUGGCAAAAGUGUUUAUUUUUGCCACCACCACAAGAACAACAGAACGCACAGCAGCUAUCAAACGUAUCCAUUGCAAACGUUGGUCGCCAGCGUCACCACAAACCGUCCAUUUGCCAGCGGACAUUCGAAGGAGAAACACGGAACCGCGCGCACCCACAGCUUGCUAUAAAUAAAACAACGAACAGCCAGCCUCCAAAAAAUAUUAAACAAUAUCAGAAUCAUGUCGCACCUGAUGAAGAACUUUGCCCGCCCAGAGAAAGCCGAAGAGGUGGUCACAUAUGGCAGCCUUGAUCCCGCCGUGCAAGAGCUACUGCUGGCCGCCUCUGCAGUGCGUCAGCGUGCCUAUGCGCCUUACAGCGGGUUCAAGGUGGGUGCAGCCUUCCGCUCCACUCUGACCAAGCAAAUCUUCACCGGUUGCAAUGUGGAGAAUGCUGCAUUUACGCCCUGCUCUUGCGCCGAGCGCACAGCCCUCACGAAGGCCGUCAGCGAGGGUGCCACAGAGUUCUCGGUGGGCGCUGUUCUGGCCUACGAACCGGAUGUCUUUACCACACCCUGUGGCGUUUGUCGGCAGUUCAUCAGGGAGUUUGCCACCAGCGACAUACCCAUCUACAUAGCCCAAGCCAUCGAUGAGAGGAUUGCGAAUAAAGAGGAACCCCUGCGCAGCGAUGACCCCGUGCUGUGCACAUCAAUUUUCAAUCUGUUGCCGAGCAGUUUUCGCACCUAUAGGAAGUAGUUGUCGUUGUAGUGGUAGUGAACCUGCGGAGUGCUACAAACCUGCCCCCCCUAAUCAAAUUUAAUCUA